CGCGAGCAGAGUUCAGUCUGACUUUGACGCUCGAUCAGCAAACUUGAAGCUACAAUAAAGCAUAAAAACCUUACUGCAAAUAAAAGUGCGAAAUCUGCUUGCAAAUAAUAAUCCAAAGUAAAAUAAAAGUUGUGCUAAAAACAGAAAAUAGAAUGGAAACUGUGCUUCCCAUCGUGAUUCCGGAGCAAGUGUCCCCACCACGGGGGAGAAAACAGGCCGUGACGAAAUCCCCCUCAUUCCUCACUACCACCUUCGCAGGUCACACCAUGUUCGGUGGAAGUUCGGCCGAACUUAUCUCGAAUGGGAUCAGGAGUAACAGAACGUGCACUAUUCAGAUCUCAAAUCAUUUAAGCGUUCCGUUAACACUUCCGCAUUUCCACUGCUUCGAUGGAGGUUUGUACUACCCACUCCCCGCAGUUAUCCAACCCGGUACGAGGGAGGCGUGCGUUUUCUCCAAAAAUCCAUCCUCUCCCCACGGCGUUAUUGGCGUGCUGACCUACCAAAUCGGUGACUCUCCGAGGCGCGUCGCGGUCAUGUUUUCCGUCGCGUACAACCAACUACAAUACCGAAACCACUUCGGAACCGCGAUCGUGACGGGUUUCGACUUGGAGAACUCGGCCCUUUUCACCCACUCGGAGGACGAAGAGGAGGACGAGGUCACGCUCCUGUUCGACAGGAUGUACCAGGACGCCGACUUUUACCAGCGGGGAGGUCGAGCCCACAGUUUAGCGAAUGAUGGCGUCCCCAUGUGGACGACGGAUGGGGCUUAUCAAAUCCGAGGGACGAUGAGCGACAGGGGCAAAGCCAUUGUCAAGCUCAACAUUUCCACAGCUUAAAAAGGAAAGUGGAACGGAAGAUGACAAACCACUUGAUAUUGUGUAUUUUGACCCUGGCCUGGCAAAUAAGACGUGAUCUGGCACAUAUCCCACCGGAAAUGGUAGCAGAUCGACUAGGUGUAGAACGCCCGGGUCGAUCGCAGUGAUACGUAUCGAUUGUGACUCGAGCAAUGAGAACGAAAACGAACUUAAAGUUUGGCAAGAAUUGUGGACAAAGUUUGUAAAGUUGUCGAGUUUUUAAAAAAUAUAUAUCGGCAAUCUACUAGAAUUUACUUAUUAUUCAUCAGAACAGAUAAGUAAUUUAUUUCAGACUUAAUUAAUACUAGAAAAAUGUUUGUGUAAUGGAUAAGAUUUUCGUACUCUAAUAAAUAAAAUAUUUAUAUAUGUACAUGUAAUUCUGAAAUUAUUAUUGAAUAGGUAAUAGUUUUGUAAAUUUAUUCGUAGACUGAUUUGAGGUUAUUUAUGUGAAGAAAUUAAAUAAAUUGGGGGGACACGCCUUCAUUUGUUUAACUGUAA